CCAACUCCGCCCUCGCUCCCACCUCAUCUCGAAAAGGUCAUUCUCAACACGAAUUCUUACUUGAAGGAGGACGCGAGUGUUUUGCCGAACCCGAAUCAUGUCGUGUUAAAUCAUCUGGCGGCCAGUUCGAUCAAGAACAAUGUCCUUGCUACAAGUGCGACGGUUAGGUAUCAUCGAAAGUAUGUUACCACGAUUUUGUACAAGCCGGUUGAGUUGCCGGCUAUGGAUUGA